GAGCGGGCGCGGCGUCAAGUGCAGCUUGGACUCACGGACCUGGCCCUUUUACAUUUCAUUCCUUCAUCCAUCUGUGUCCAGUUGUGUUCAGCAUGGAGGAGCAGAACAACUCUGCUGGAAAGGAGCUUCAACACAGGACCCGAGCAGAAGUUCCAGGAAAGAAAAGCUGGCAGUCACAGGCCUACACCCUUGGGGCAAUUUCCAACUUUAUGUCUACUUUCCUGACCUUUCCUAUCUAUAAGGUUGUGUUCCGGCAGCAGAUCCACGCUGUGGCAGUGUCAGAGGCUGUGAGGCAGCUUUGGCUCGAAGGCCCUCAGUACUUCUACCGGGGCAUCUACCCUCCUCUUCUCUCCAAGACUCUACAAGGGACUCUGCUGUUUGGCACUUAUGAUAAUUUGCUGUGCUUUCUCUCCCCGGUUGGGCCACACUCUCUCGGACAGCGCUGGACUGCAGGACUCAUGUCAGGUGUAGUAGAAGCUGUAGCACUGAGCCCCUUUGAAAGAGUACAGAAUGUGCUUCAGGAUGCUCGAAAGCAAGCUUGCUUCCCUAGCACCUUCAGCAUUCUCAAGGAAUUCAAUUCUUACGGGCUUUGGGGGAGACUGUCGCUGGGUUAUUAUCGAGGUUUCUGGCCGGUCCUUGCCAGAAACAGCCUGGGAAGUGCUCUGUAUUUCUCCUUCAAGGAUCCUAUCCAGGAUGGCUUGGCAAGGCAGGGCCUGCCCCAUUGGGUUCCUGCUUUGGUGUCUGGUAGUGUCAAUGGAACAAUCACCUGCCUGAUUCUGUAUCCUCUGAUUGUGCUAGUUGCCAAUAUGCAGUCUCAUAUUGGCUGGCAGAGAAUGCCAAGCCUGUGGGCCUCUGCACAAGAUGUGUGGGACACUCGAGGUAGAAAAGUCCUGCUGAUUUAUAGAGGAGGAUCCCUGAUCGUCCUCAGGUCCAGUGUGACCUGGGGCCUCACAACUGCUAUCCAUGACUUCUUGCAGAGAAAGGCUCACACCAAGAAAGAGAUGAAAGACUGACUGAAGAUGUGUGGCUAUGGCAUCCAUAGUCUAAAUCUUUCCUUGUUGGUUGUGUAUAGUAUAUUUCUUUGGCUUGGUUACCUAAAUCAACCAUUAUCUGUAAACUGGUACUGCAUGGGAGAAGCUCCUAACUUUUCACCUGUUAGUCACAGACAAAGCCUACCAGGAUUCCUUGGUCAAAGAAAGUCUCCCGAGUCUAUACACAGCUUCAGUAGCCUCAGAACCUGGAGCCUUUAAAUAUAAGCCUUUAAAUAAGCUGUAGCCCAGAUUAAAUGUCAUUCCUUCAAGGAUUUUUUUUUUAAGUAAGAGGAAACUUUAAAAAGAAGACUCUAUGUAGUACUGUAAGUCUGGGAUCCUUCUAUAUGUCCUUCUGACCAAACCGAGUGGAACUCUAAGUUCAAUGAACUGUACUAGACUUUGGGGACAACUUCAGAGAUGCCUAUAUUUUACUGACAUUUCUCACUGCCUCUACCACAGCCAUUCUCGCUUCAAGCUAUGGGUCCCAUUUUCAGGGUCUCUGUUCUGAUUACAAAUCUUAGAUUGGGCUCACCUCCACCCAUCAGAUACCACAAGAACUGAUGAUGCUGGACAUAGGGCUGAGAAAACAUUUGGUGCCUGGAUAGAAGGAAAAAAAGGCUUUGAAGCAAGAAAUUUAAUUAAUUUAAUUAUAUACCAAAUAGAGAAAAAUAAGUGGUUUGGUGUUAUCAGACACACACACACACACACACACACACACAUAUAUAUAUAUAUAUAUAUAUAUAUAUAUAUAUGAUUAUAUUGCCUACAAACCAUUUAAGUUUCUAUAAGAUAAACCUGGAACUAGCAUGAGCAUAUCUCUUCAUAAUUAAUCACUAAUUCUGUUGAUGUAGACAGCUAUAUAGUAUAAUGAAUGGUCUUAGCCUGCCAUUCAGAGCCAUUGUCAAUAUGGAUCCCAUAUAACUUUCUACAUAUUAUUAUCCCACAUGCAUGGUCUGCAUAAGCCAGCCAAAUGCAGUGCGCUUCACUCCCCAAAUAUUUUAUGAACUUACCCAAGGCCAUACUCUGCCCCACACCGUUCUCUCCACUUGUACUGACCUCCUCCACAAUAAAAGGCCUGCAAUUUACAAAAGUCCAGCUUUGAUGCCACUGUCUGUAUGGAGCCCCUUCUCUAUCACCCCCCCCCCAGAAAAAAAAAACCUGAAGGUGACAUUAAUUUUGUGAUAUCCUUUUUAGCAGCUCAUCAACAUGCACUGAUCCCAUUAUGACACUGGUCCCAUGUGGUACUGAUGUUGUUGCUGUUCUUCAAUACCUCCUACUAGUCUGCAAACUUCUUGAAAGCAGGGAUUCUUAUAUGCAUUUUUAAAUCCUCCAUUGUGCCUAGGUGCUCAGUAAAGUUGGUGAAUUAUCGAAUUGAUUAUCAAGCUGUGAUAUAGUCUCUUUCCUCAGGGUGCUAUCCCUAUUACAUGAAGAUAAUGUUACUGACCCAUUGUCAACAACACACAUGCCUUUGGGAUGUGUUUGUUUUCUUUUAAUAGUGGAUUUAGUUUUGUGCUAAUUAUGAUGCCAAUGAAAUAACAAUGAUAAUAAAAUUAUGUUAAACCACAAUA